AUGUUCGCCGUUGUCAAAGUCUACCUUACAAGCCUUAUUCACAGGUCCCGGCUUCCGGUCAAGGAGUCAAUACAUGUUUCAUUCAUAAACCAUGGUACUACUGUUGCUACCAAUGCAAUCUUGGAAGGAAAAGGCGCGACUGUCGCCCUCCUCGUUACGGAAGGCUAUAAGGAUAUUCUACAAGUCAGACGCAGUCACAUCCCUGGCGGACUAGCGGGAUGGAUAGUGUGGCCCAAGCCAACUCCCCUUGCCCCGCUAGAGCUGACCAUCGAGGUACCGGGUCGGAUUUCGAGUAGUGGAGAUGUAAUUCGUCCCCUGGACAUCGAGGAAUUGCGUUCUCGCUUGCGAAAGCUCAAGGAGCUAUCAACCCCACCCCAGUCUAUUUGUGUCUCCUUGAUCAAUUCAUUUUCCAAUCCGGUUCACGAACAGGAGGUAGCAUCCCUGUUAAAAUCCGAACUUCCUGGAAUUCCACUCUCUCUAAGUCAUCAGGUCCAUCCAGAGAUGAUGGAAUACGAGCGUACCGUUACGACUGUCACAAACGCGUAUAUCAAGCCCGUCGUUGUGGGAUAUCUCGAGAAUCUCCAGCAACAGCUUGGAGAUACCGAGUUGCGGGUGUUGAGAAGUGAUGGUGGUCUUGCCGGCCUUUACGUUGCAAGAGAACAUUGCGCUAAUUUGUUGUACUCGGGUCCUGCUGGCGGUGUUGCCGGAGUGAAUCUCUUAACAUUCGAUAUGGGUGGCACAAGCACCGACGUGUGUUUGGUUGAGAAUGGGGUGCCCGAAUUGCGACGUGAAAGUAUUACCGGAGAUCUAACCAUACGGGUGCCUUCUAUCGAUGUACGCACUGUGGGUGCAGGGGGUGGUUCGAUCGCCACAAUUGCAGAAAUUACCGGUGCCUUGAGAGUCGGUCCGGAAAGUGCCGGCGCUAAUCCUGGUCCCGUCUGUUACUCCAAAGGAGGGAAAUCGCCCACGGUAACAGAUGCUCUUGCGGUGUUAGGGUACCUCCCUUCAGCACUUCUUGGGGGAACCUUUUCGUUGGAUAUCUCCUCUGCCAGGGAUGCCAUCGAGAAUGACAUCGCGAAGCCAACGGGGCUAACCUUACACGCCGCCGCUGAGGGCAUAAUCAAGAUUGCCGUAGAGAAGAUGUAUGGAAGUCUGAGGAGCGUCAGUGUGGAGAAAGGAAAAGAUCCUCGAGACUUUCAUCUCGUCGCUUUCGGAGGCGCGGGCCCUCUGGUGGUAUGUCAGUUGUCAGAUCUCUGUGGAACUUCUUAUCCAGCCAUUGUACCACCUUCUCCUGGAGUUUUAUGCGCGUUUGGAGACGCUCAUACUACUCUGCGUCACGAAGUCUCCCGCAGUGUACUCCAGAAAUUGGUCGAUAUGCCCGUAAAAGAUCUCAUUGAAAUGGCCAGCCACCUUGAAAGUCAGGCGUCCGAUAUACUCCUGAGACAGGGUGUCAAGUCGAUAUCUCAUCAAUGGGAAGCUGAUCUUCGGUACAAGGGUCAAGCUACAAGUCUACCCAUUCCGUUCACUGCGAAAGACUUGAACAGUGGAUGUAGUAUCCUGAACGAGCGGUUUGAUUCCUUGCAUCGAAAAAUGUUCACGUUCUCGUUAAACCUUGAUAUUGAAAUUGUCAACCUUCGUGCUGUUGCGGAGGAAAUUGCGGGAUCCACCGCUACAGCCAAACUCUCCGCUGGAUCCGGUACCCCAUCAUCCGAAGCUGUUCUGGAUACUACCGAAAUUUUUUAUUCCGGCCAGAAAUUCUCGAAUGUCCCGAUAUACGAAAGAUAUAUGCUUCGAGCUGGCAAUCAGCUGCCGGGUCCUUGCAUCAUUACCGAGGUUGACAGCAACACCCUAAUAACGCCUACCCAUCGAGCGGAGAUUGAUGAAAUUGGUAAUGUUCUAAUUUGGGCUCAUAAUGAUUGGUCUUCUCCAUCCGAGAAAACUGCCGAUCCUAUCAUUGUUCAGUUAGUCGAGGGUAGUUUGCAAAAUGCGAGAAUGGAGAUGGACGUACUAAUUCAAAGAUAA